CCCAGCAGCAGGGGCCUCCUCAGGUUCUCUGUUAUGGAAGUGCGGUGGAUCCACGUCUUGGUCAUCUUCUUCUUCCUGCUCUCGGUGGCUAUGACGGGCUGCUUCCUCUGGCAGUACAGCCUCCCCAAGGUGGAGCCCAGCCCCUCUGUGAUGGAGGUGAGAUCGGAAGCUGUGCAGAUGUGUCCUCGCUAUCCUGAGCCGGUUCCACUGGACCAUCCCAUCCCCAUUCUGAAGGAAGCACUGGAGAAGGUGGAUCUGAUGCUGCGCCAAAGGAUUCAUAACUCUGGCCUCCCGGCCAUGUCUGCCAUCGUUAUCUACAACGAUACCGUGCUCUGGACAGGCAACUUUGGGAAGAAGAACGGUUCAGACCCCUCCUCCGUGGUGCCCAAUGAGUACACGAUCUACAGAAUUGCCAGCGUCUCCAAGAUCUUUCCCACCAUUAUGUUGUACAAGCUGUGGGAGGAAGGUAAAGUCACAUCACUGGAUGACCCCUUGGAACGUUAUGCCCAGAACUUUGCCAUUAAAAACCCCCUGGGGAAGCUCAAGGAAUCGGAGCAAAGAUACACAGCAGAUGGGCUGGUGUUUUUGGAGAAAGGCUCAAUGCCACUUAAGCCAUCGCCGGUCACCUUGCGCAGAAUGGCCAGCCAGCUCUCAGGUCUGCCCAGGAGGCUGCGAUCUACCAGCCUGCUGUGGAAAGGCAACACACAGGAUGCUCUUGCUCUCCUGAAAGAUGAUGUAUUGGUUGCUGACCCAGGAACCAGAUGCCAUUACAGCAAUUUAGCCUUCUCCCUAAUGGCACACGUGCUGGCCGACCACGCGGCGGAGGGGCAAUACCAGCGCUGGGUCUCAGAGAACGUCCUGGACCGCUUGGGCAUGGAGGACACCGGCUUCGACAUCACGCCACCCAUCCGCUCGCAGAUGGCCGUGGGCUUCUGCUGGUACAGACCUUCUGGCCAGAUGUACUCCACGGCUGCCGACCUCGCCAAGCUGGCAAUGGUCUUUUUGGGCACCUAUCACCGUCGCCUCCUGGAGCCGGACACCGUGAAGACGAUGCUGACCCCUCUGUUUAAGUGCUCCACUGAGUAUUUUGCUAACAAAACUGGCACUCCUUGGGAGAUUAAUGAGCAACUGGGCUACGACGUCAUUAGGAAGGAUGGAGACCUUGAUGGUUAUUCGGCUACGUUCUCCCUUAUCUCCAAACUCCGUCUCAGCUUCAUCGUGCUGAUGGCAGGGCCUCGGCCACAAGGGAGGGACAUCGUGACUCAGGCAUAUGAGUAUCUCAUUCCUGCCAUGGAGACAGCGUUCAGGGAGGCAGAGAAAAGCUUGACUCCUCCUCCAAGCCCAGUCCCUUAUGUUGGCUACUACACCUAUUCCAACCUGACUUUCUAUGAGAUCAAAGUUGGACCUGGUGGGGUGCUGGUCAUGCAGCAGUUUGGGCCUCACGUUGAAGAGCUGAUCCCUGAGAAGUACCGGACAAUCAAGCUCCACCACUUGGAAGACCGAGUCUUCCAGGUUGUUUUUGACAAGGAGUUCCCAUGUGUUCUGCACCUGGGCUCUGCCUCCAUCUCACUGGAGACUCAGGAUGGGCAGCUUUUUAAUUUCUAUCCGUUCGACCGCAAGGGCUUGUCUCCUGGUUUUGAUGCACCAGGGCUGAACACGUACAACGUGGUGCGUGUGCUUCGUAAACCCGUAUUCUAUAGCUAA